CAAUCGCAAUGUGCCACACCGACACAUGGUGCGUCUACAAAAUUUCACGGAGAGCGGCCGAGGAAUAAUUAAGCUUUUGGACUUUUGUUGAUUUAGAAAAAAAUUACGUUACACGUAUGUGUGUUCUAAAUGGUAUACAGCUGAGAAUUGUCUUCGAGUAACGUGUCAUCGAAAGCGUGAAUACAAGAUGGCAUUUUCGCAAAGAAAUGUGUCCAUGGCGUCGUUAGCUUUACUCAUCCUCGCUACUUUCAUCGGUAUUAGCGAAGAAAUUGCUGUUAUGAGCAUCGACCUUGGUAGUGAAUGGAUGAAGGUCGCUAUUGUUUCGCCUGGUGUUCCUAUGGAAAUAGCUUUAAAUAAGGAAUCAAAGAGGAAAACACCAGCUGUGAUUGCAUUUAGAGAUGGAGAAAGAUCUUUUGGCGAGGAUGCCCAAGUGGUUGGAGUAAGAUUUCCCCAAAAUACUUUUUCCUACAUUCUAGAUCUUUUAGGAAAGCCUAUAGACAAUCCAAUAGUACAACUUUAUCAGAAGAGAUUUCCUUAUUACAAUAUCAUUGCUGAUGAUGAAAGGAAAACCAUAGUAUUUAGACUAAAUGAAAAUACAACAUAUACUCCAGAAGAGUUACUUGCACAAAUACUGCACAAGGGUAAAGAGAUGGCGGAAACCUCGGCCCAACAAAAAAUAAACGAAGCGGUUAUUACUGUGCCAGGAUUUUUUAAUCAAGCCGAGAGGAGAGCCUUGAUUCAAGCAGCAGAACUUGCUGGAUUAAAAGUAUUACAGCUCAUAAACGACUAUACAGCAGUUGCUUUGAAUUAUGGUGUAUUUGGCAGAACUGAAAUAAAUGAUUCUGCGCAUUACAUUUUGUUUUACGACAUGGGAGCUAGUAGUACAACCGCGACAGUUGUCAGUUAUCAAAACAUGAAGACAAAGGAGAGAGGUUUUGUAGAGACAAAUCCUUAUGUUAAUGUGUUGGGUGUGGGAUAUGAUCGUACACUUGGUGGAUUAGAAGUGCAAAUUAGAUUGCAAAAUUAUUUAGCAAAAGAAUUUGAUGCAUUAAAAAAAACAUCAAAAUCAGUAUUUACAAGCCCGAGAGCAAUGGCAAAACUCUUCAAAGAAGCUGGACGCGUCAAAACUGUACUCAGCGCCAAUGCAGAUCAUUUUGCCCAGAUAGAAGGUUUAAUAGAUGAUAUUGACUUCAGAAUGCAAGUUACAAGAGAAAAACUGGAAGAAAUAUGUGCAGAUUUAUUUGAACGUAUAACAAAUCCUGUGAAAAUUGCUUUAGAAACUUCAGCUUUGACAAUGGAUGUUAUAUCACAUGUUGUACUGGUAGGAGCAGGCACUCGUAUGCCAAAAGUACAAGAGACAUUGUCUCAAUAUGUAAAGACAGAAUUGUCAAAAAAUAUAAAUACAGAUGAAGCAGCUGCUUUGGGAGCUGCAUAUAAAGCAGCUGAUCUCAGUCAGGGUUUUAAAGUCAAGAAAUUUAUUACAAAAGAUGCUAUAUUGUUCCCAAUUCAAAUUAUGCUUAAUAGAGAUAUCGGCAAUAACAAAGUUAAACAGAUGAAAAGGACACUAUUUGGCAAAAUGAAUCCUUUUCCACAAAAGAAGAUUAUUACAUUUAAUAAAUAUACACAAGAUUUUGAUUUUGAUGUGAGUUAUUCUGAAUUAGAUUAUUUGCCUCCCACAGAAGUAAUGUCUAUUGGAGAUCUAAAAAUAUCCACUAUAUUAUUAAGUGGUGUAUCUGAAGCUUUAGAAAAACAUGCUAAGGAAGGUGCCGAGAGUAAAAAAAUCAAAGCGCUUUUUAAUAUGGAUGAGAGCGGCAUAUUGAAUUUCCUAAAUGUGGAAUUAGUGUCAGAAAAAUCAAGCACUGUUGUUGACAAAGAAGAGGGUACUUUCUCAAUACUUGGCUCAACUAUUAGUAAAUUUUUUGCAGGUGCUUCUCAUGAGCAAGAACCAUCAGAAAAAACGGAAGAGACACCGAAAGAGGAUAUAAAACCAGUACAUGAAGAACCAGAAUCUUCCGAGCCAAAGGAGUCAGAAGAAAAAGAAAAGAAGAAAAAUGACACGAAAGUAGAUGAAAAUAAAGCUUCAAAUAAGACUGAGAAGGCAGAUCAAGAAAAAAAGUCUACCAUUAUUCAAAUCAAAGAACCUAUCAAUUCAAACGAGAUCAAACUAGGAUCACAAAUCUUAUCUGGCACAAAACUCACGGAAUCUCGAGAAAAAAUACAUCGUUUGAACGUGCAUGAUUCUGAAAAAACGCGUCGAGAAACUGCGUUAAACAAUCUCGAGUCAUAUGUAAUCGAUGCGCAACAGAAGCUCGAUUCCGAAGAGUAUUCGGUUGCAGCUACAAAUGAGGAGGCCGAACAAAUCCGCGAAGCCUGUGCCGAGAUCUCCGAAUGGUUAUAUGAAGAUGGAUUUACCGCAACUGCGGAAGUAUACGAGGAGAAGUUAAUAAAAUUGCAAAAAUUAACCAACGACGUCUAUGAGAGAGUUUCUGAACACCGAGAUCGUCCGGAAGUUUUGAAAGGAAUGGUUACAUUACUCAACAACAGUAAAACGUUCUUAGAAAAUAUGCGUAACUUGAGUUCAACAACUGAGAUUAUUACACCUGUUGAAGUCGAGACACUAGAAAAAGUAAUUAACGAGACGCAGGAUUAUUACGAAACAAUUUUAAAACAUUUUGCGGAAACAUCAUUAAAUGAACCAGUAAAAUAUAAAAUUCGUCAUAUCCUAAGUAAAAUGGAGUUACUUGACAGAGAAAUUAAAUAUCUUCUAAAUAAAGUGAAGAUUUGGAGACCAAAACAGGAAAAUGCGGCGAAUCAAACGACUGAUAAAACAGAAGAAAAUGAAGAAUCUAUGCCUGAUACUGAAAAUGACAAAUUUACCGAAGAACAAACUGCAUCAGAUAAUGAAGUAGUGGAAGAACAACAAGAACCAACGCUGGAAACGAUGGAUGCUAUACAGGAUUCAUUAGUUGUAUCGGAAAGCGAGGAAUCUCGAUUAAGUGAUGAGCGAAUUCCAGAAGAAGAAAAGCAUCAAGAACUAUAAAAAAUUUAUUUAAAAAGAGUGUGUGAUUCUAUUUGUUAUUGAUCGACAAUAUCUGUCGAUUUAGGCAAUUUCUGUAGAUUACCUUCAUCCAAUGCAUUUAAAAUCAAAGUGGAAAUUCUUAUGCAUUGCUAUGGUUGGAUAAAUUAUUCUGUGAAAAUGUGAAUACAAGUUGUUUCCUCCCAUUUAAUAAUAUGUAUUUAUAUCAGAAUAUUCACAAUUUCAUUCAUUAAAGUUUAUUGAAAAAUAUUAAUUUUAUCAGAGACUGUUCGCGAUAAUUAUGUUAUACAAGUGCCAAGCAAUAACGCAGAUUCAAAUAUUUAAUUUAUUGAUACAAAAUUUAUUAGAAUUUAUUAAUUUAUUAGGUAUAAAAGAAAAUAGGUCAGUUCUGUGAAAAUUUUAUCUCAAAUCUCUACAAUUCUUAACAAAUUUUUGAACUUGCAUAUGAAAUAUCUCUCGCUGCAGGUAUAUCUUUUAUAUAUUAUAUCAUAUAGAGUUACAUGAUAUAAGAUAUACUGCAUAUUUGUUUGUAUAAAAGAUGCAGAUAAAAAAACUUGCAUAUAUUUCCUA